UUUCUUAUCUCUUAAAAUUAAAAAAUUAAAAAUAUAAAACAUUAUAGUUUGAUCUAUAAAAAUACAAAAAAAUAAAUGGUGACUAAUGGAUUGAUAAAGAUUGUUUUAAAUAUAUAGGUAUAUGGCGAGAGAUAAGAGUUUAUCAACCACUUUGAUUGGUAGAAAAAACUAUUAGAUUUUUGUACCACGCGCCAUUUAAAGUUGUCAUUUUAUAUUUUAAUAAAACACAAGCUCUGAAACAAUGGCUUUAAUUUAUUUAGAUGACAAUGAUCCUUGGAUCACUGAGUAUGAUGUCUGUGAAAAACUUUAUGAUGAUAUUAUGGAGCAGCUUAAUCAGCGCCAAAGUAAACCAAAAGCUUCAUUGGCAUUUGCCAGUUUAUCCGCAAAUGUUCGUAUUCAAAUGAACCAAUACUCUGAUCAUAUUUUACAGUUGAAGAAAAAAAUUGCUGAAGCUUUGAAGCUCAGACUUAUAACUGUCGAUGAAGCAGAAAGACGAACAAGACAAAUAGAGCAGUUGCAAAGUAAUUAUGUAAAAAUAAAACGAUUUUAUGAUUUAAAAAUGAACCCAACAGGUUCUGAGAGGCCAAGUUUAUUUGGUAAUUCAAGUACUGCAUUUGCGGACGGUGGUACUGUUGGAUGGGAUGACCAAAAUGACCAAUCAGACAAUAAUGUCAGUAUUGCUGAUAUCAAAUCACAAAACCAAGCUGCUCUUUUGGAACAAGAACGAGGUCUAGAUGAAUUGUACAAAGUUAUUACAAGACAAAAAACAAUUGCUCAGACAAUAAAUACUGAAGUAGAUCAUCAAAAUGAAAUAAUUGAUGAUCUAGCAGAGCAUAUGGAACAAACUGAUGAAAGAUUAAUAGAUGGAACAAGACAAAUUCGAUUUAUUGAUCGAAAAGACAGAACAUGUGGCUAUUGGGUAGUAAUUAUUUUAUUAUUUAUCAGCAUAAUUUGUGUGGCUGUUGUAUAAAAUUGAUUAAAGCCCUAUAAUUAUA